AAACACAAAACCGGCUGGUAAGGAAAUACUAGAAAAAAAAACAGAAAUAGUUCGCGGUCUCUUGCGCCACUCCGGCUCCGCCAACGCCGCCGCCCGCCACAGCCGCCGCAGACGAGAUGGGCAUCAAGGGUUUGACGAAACUGCUGGCGGACAAUGCGCCCAAGGCGAUGAAGGAGCAGAAGUUCGAGAGCUACUUCGGUCGCAAAAUCGCCAUCGACGCCAGCAUGAGCAUCUACCAGUUCCUGAUUGUAGUUGGAAGGACAGGUAUGGAAACUCUCACAAAUGAAGCUGGUGAAGUCACUAGUCAUUUGCAAGGAAUGUUCAAUCGGACAAUAAGGUUACUGGAAGCGGGAAUCAAGCCAGUUUAUGUUUUUGAUGGCAAGCCUCCUGAUAUGAAGAAAGAAGAGCUUGCUAAAAGAUUCUCAAAAAGAGAAGAUGCAACUAAUGAUCUGAAAGAGGCAGUAGAGGCAGGAGAUAAAGAUGCGGUGGAAAAAUUGAGCAAGAGGACUGUAAAGGUCACAGCGCAACAUAACGAUGAUUGUAAACGACUGCUAAGACUUAUGGGGGUUCCUGUUGUAGAGGCACCUUCUGAAGCAGAAGCAGAAUGUGCAGCCCUCUGCAAAAAUGAUAAGGUGUUCGCUGUUGCUUCAGAAGAUAUGGAUUCCCUUACUUUUGGGGCUCCAAGGUUCCUUCGUCAUUUAAUGGAUCCAAGUUCCAAGAAAAUACCUGUGAUGGAAUUUGACGUUGCCAAGGUUUUGGAGGAGCUUGAACUCACCAUGGACCAGUUCAUUGAUUUGUGCAUCCUGUGUGGAUGUGACUACUGUGAUAGCAUCAAAGGUAUCGGGGGACAAACAGCUCUGAAACUUAUUCGUCAACAUGGGUCCAUAGAAAGCAUUUUAGAGAAUCUUAAUAAAGACAGAUAUCAAAUUCCUGAGGACUGGCCUUACCAAGAAGCUCGACGCUUGUUCAAGGAGCCUAAUGUUACAUUGGAUGUUCCUGAGCUGAAAUGGACUCCACCUGAUGAGGAGGGUCUCAUAAGUUUCCUGGUAAAAGAUAAUGGCUUCAACGAAGAUCGGGUGACAAAGGCCAUUGAGAAGAUCAAAUCUGCCAAGAAUAAAUCAUCGCAAGGAAGACUUGAGUCCUUUUUCAAGCCAGUUGCCACCACAUCAGCACCGCUGAAACGGAAGGAGACUUCGGAUAAAACAAGUAAGGCAGCUGCUGCGAACAAGAAAACAAAGGCAGGUGGGAAGAAGAAGUAAGCUUGAAUGGUUAAAUGUGCAGCUACGAAAGCUGUUGGUUGCGUCAUCACUUAGGUUAUUUGACUCCUUGUUGUAACUCAAACCUGUGGUCAAAAGCUAGGUAAAUUAGUUGUGUCUGAAGAGAGAUUGGUGUACCAAGUAACAAAACUUAUCACGGUGGUUAGUUUUUCCGUUCAUGUGUGUUCUGUGUUCA